UAAAAAUAAGUAAAAAUUAACAAGUGCAAUAUUUCAAAAAGUAAAAAUAUGGCCCUAGCAACGAGCUCAGUUAUGAUUUCGAGGAAUUUAUCUUUCUCGGCGCGGACUCUGGCCAACGCUUGCACCUCCCGGCCGGUCCCAAUGCGGUCGCCGGGAGCGCGGCCGCUGGCGGACCGGGCUGGGUGUGGCCGGGUGGGCCCGUGCUGCCGCCCCCCCGUGCCCGACAUCACCGUGUGCCCGCCGCCGCCCGGGCCCUGCGUGCCCAGCUGCAACGGCGGGCCCUGCGAGCUCUGCGCGCCGCCCCGCCCCUGCCCGCCCGCCGACCGCCCCUGCGGCCAGCACUGCGUCGAAGCUCAGGGGCAGGGGUCGCAUCCCCCGAAAAAAAACCCUCCCUGCGCACCGAAAAGUCGUUAACAUCUUUGACCCUAGCACGUCCCAAACUUUUGCACCGGAGCUGAAAAAAUGAAUGGAAGCAUCGACGAAAACGGCGUCGGCGGCGGGCGGCGAGGCGGUGCGGCGCAGCGCGUCGUGCACGCAAGUGGCGGGCGGGCCGGGCCGCCAGCCCGACGCGCCGGUGCUAAGGGUUGAGUCCGCUACCCUCAUACACAAGCGCCAUAGCUCCGGCAAGGCGCACGAUGCCGGCUGCCCCUGCCCCUCGCCCUGCGGGCCGUGCGGUUGUCCCAAGGGCUGCGGCUGCCUCCCGCCGCCCUGCAACCUGCCGCCCAAGUGCAUCCAGUACAUGACUGGCUACUACUACUACCCGUACGGCACAUGGUUCGCCGGCCCCUACCACGUCCAAGGCAUCUGCCAGCCGGUCGGCAAGGACUCGCUGAGCUGCGACGAGGGGAGCGGGUCGCCGCCGGGCCCGCCGAAGGACUGCCGCGAGAAGUCCAACAACUCCAUUCUCGAUUAUUGCAAGAAGAUAAAGAAGCAGUGUUCGCCCGCGAAAGCCAACUGCUCGCAGCCUUCCAGUCCAUCGUGUCCGCCGAAGCCUGCUUGUCCUCCGCCGAAGCCCGCGUGCCCUCCGCCUAAGACCGCGUGCCCUCCACCGAAGCCCGCUUGUCCCCCGGCGAAGCCCGCGUGCCCCCCGUCGAAACCCGCUUGUCCGCCCUCGAAAGCAAAGUCUCUCGAAGAAAUUUGUAAAUCUACAAAGAAGCCCUUCCCGCCGAAUCCCCCGAACCCGUCGAAGGCCAGCUGCCCGCCGGUCGCCAAGUCGAAGUCUUCGAGAGGAAUUUUCGGCGGCAAGGAGGCCGCCUCGUCGUGCCCGUCGACGGUCCUGUAUCAAGCGUUACCCGCGAAGACCGACAAGGCAGCGAAAUCUAUAUUCGAGUUCUACCUGAAGAGUCCGCAGAAGCCGAGCACCGCGCCCGACAGAUCGUGAGGCGCACGCGUCGCGAUCUGAAACCUUGUCCAAAACUUAUUUCUGACUAGUUUACAUGUGAUUCAUGUUUUGUUGCAAAUAGCUAUACUGCUCACUUCAGAGAAUAAAAAUUAUUUAGCAACA